AUUCCAUUUCAUCUUAACUCUUCAGUUCUCUUUAAUUUUUUAAAAUUUUUUCACAGCUUAAAGAAAGCCCAGAAUUAUUAAACUGAAAAAAAAGAUCCCCAUAAAAAUUAUGAACCAUGAACUCAAAAAUAAAUAUCAUUAAUCUCUAAAAAAAACAAAAAACCUCAUCAAACAUAAACCCACAACCUAUCAUUUCUACCACCUCAACCACCUACCUACUUAAACCCCUUUCUUCUUUGUCUCUCAGUGUACCAUUCAUACACAAAUAUACAUAUAGAUAUAUAUAUAUAUAUAGACAUAUGUAUAUGUAAAAGAACACAAGAGAUUUGUAUGAAAAUGGGGGUUUUUUUUUGUUUGUUGACUGAUGAAUGAAGGAGUGAUGAUGAUGUCUAGUAGGGGGUAUGGUGGUGGAACAGGCGGCGGUACAAGGUGUCAAGAUUGUGGUAACCAAGCUAAAAAAGACUGUAAUUAUAUGAGGUGUAGGACUUGUUGUAGAAGCAAAGGAUUUGAAUGCCAAACUCAUAUUAAAAGUACUUGGGUUCCUGCUUAUAGAAGGCGUCACCGUCACCAUCAUCAGCACCAACAGCAGCCUCUGCAACAUAACCCUAAAAGGCUUAGGGAAAAUCCUUCUUCAGGGUUAGAAGGAGGGGAUUUUCCGGCUGAAGUUACAUCACCGGCGACAUUCCGGUGUGUUCGAGUGAGUUCAAUGGAAGAUACCACUGCAGGGGGUGAUCAGUAUGCUUAUCGGACGGCUGUGAUGAUAGGAGGCCAUGUUUUUAAAGGUAUACUAUAUGAUCAAGGACCAGAUCACGGACAUUACUCACUUGGAGAAUGUUCAUCUAGAGAGACUCCAUUACAACAGCCAAAUCAAGCUUUAACAAUGGCGACUGCUAAUACUGCUACAGCUUCAGCUACUGAAACUCUACUUCCUUUUGCAUAUCCAUCUCCUCUCAAUGCUGCUUUCAUGUCUGCAGGUACGCAAUUUUUCCUUCACCCAAAAUCUUAAUAAAAAGAAAAAGAAAAAUCCCAACAUUUUGUAUAUGGGGAAAGUGAAAUUUUGAAGAAAAAAAAAACCCUUAUUUUGUAAUCAUCAUUUGGAAUCUGAAAAUCCCCCAUUUUUAUCAUAGAGCAAGCUUUUCAUUCGCAGUACUUACCCUGUGCAUGUAUCUGAUAUAUUCAACAAAAAGAAAAAAAAAACUUAAAAAAAAAAGAAAUAAGCAAACAAGAGGGGGGUGGGGGAGUAAAUUAAGAAGAUGAUGAAGUUUAUUUAAAUUUUUGUAAAUCUCUUUGUUUACAAACUUCAAGACCUGCAAUUAUAUG